CCCUCUGUUCCUUUCCCGUGGCGGCCCUUCCUCCCUCGCCCCGCCCGGCCAGAGCGAGCCGCGGAGGACGGAGCCCGGCCCCCCCCGCCUCCCUCCCUUCUGCCCGCCGGCCUCGCGGCGCCCCCCUCCGCCUCGUCUCCCCUCCCGGAUAACAACAUGGCGGCGGUGUCGGGGGCAGCCGCUGGCAGCUGCGGGAGCCCCGCCGGGGGCCCGGAGAUGGUGCGCGGGCAGGUCUUCGACGUGGGGCCUCGCUACACCAACCUCUCCUAUAUCGGGGAAGGGGCUUACGGGAUGGUCUGUUCAGCCUAUGAUAAUGUAAACAGAGUUCGAGUGGCUAUAAAGAAAAUAAGCCCCUUUGAACACCAGACUUACUGUCAAAGAACCCUGAGAGAGAUCAAGAUCCUGUUGCGUUUCAAGCAUGAAAAUAUUAUUGGAAUCAAUGACAUCAUUAGGGCUCAAACUAUUGAUCAGAUGAAAGAUGUAUACAUUGUGCAAGAUCUCAUGGAGACAGAUCUUUACAAGCUGUUAAAGACUCAACAUCUCAGCAACGAUCACAUCUGUUACUUCCUUUACCAGAUUCUGAGAGGACUGAAAUACAUCCAUUCAGCUAACGUGCUGCACCGUGACCUCAAACCGUCCAACUUGCUGUUAAACACUACUUGUGAUCUCAAGAUAUGUGACUUUGGUUUGGCUCGCGUGGCAGACCCAGAUCACGAUCACACUGGUUUCCUAACAGAAUAUGUAGCUACUCGUUGGUAUAGAGCUCCUGAAAUCAUGUUGAAUUCUAAGGGUUAUACCAAAUCUAUUGAUAUCUGGUCUGUAGGCUGUAUUCUGGCAGAGAUGCUAUCAAACAGACCCAUCUUCCCAGGAAAACACUACCUUGAUCAGCUCAACCAUAUUCUUGGAAUUCUUGGGUCUCCUUCCCAAGAAGACUUGAACUGUAUAAUCAAUGCGAAAGCGAGAAACUAUUUGCUUUCUUUACCAUAUAAAAAUAAGGUGCCAUGGAACAGACUAUUUCCAAAUGCUGACCCCAAAGCUCUCGAUUUGUUGGAUAAAAUGUUGACUUUCAACCCUCACAAGAGAAUUGAAGUGGAACAAGCUUUGGCCCAUCCGUAUCUAGAACAGUAUUACGAUCCCAGUGAUGAGCCUGUAGCUGAAGCACCGUUCAAAUUUGACAUGGAGCUGGAUGACUUGCCGAAGGAAAAACUGAAAGAACUAAUUUUUGAGGAAACUGCCAGAUUUCAGCCGGGAUACAGAUCCUAAAUGGCAUAUGGGAUAAAGGAAUUAAAGGGCUGGGCAUACUCUUCAUAGAUGUUCUCUUCCUGGUUCUUUCUCUGUGGUCAUAUGAUGUGGCCUACUUCAGCUUAUCCACUAACAUUUCAAGCCAUUCAGGAGCGCCAUUUCUGUGGUACUCCUGGCUUUUUAUGUUUUCAGCCGACUCUUUAUUUAUGCCUGAAGAAACGUUACCAAUACCCCUGCGUGUAAAACCCAUACCGAUCUUUUGCAGGUACUGUCUUUCUAUAUAUACCCAUAGAUGACUGUAGGUUCAGACAGCUUCCCUUUCUGGUUUGAAAGAUGCAGUGUUGGUUUCCGAUCUUUCCGAUGGCAGGAUAUUUUAUAUGCGGAAUCAUUUUCAUUUUCUAGAUUUUUAUAAUGGCAUUUAAGAAGAAAAAAAAAAAAGGAACAUUGAGGGCACUUUAAGUCAGGGGCAUUUUCCACACUUUUGCACUUCUUUAAGCUUGCCAUGGUUUUACUGACAUGCAUAGUACAAGAGGACAGAUUCAAGCAUGCACUGUAUUUAUACAUUUAACUUUUUUUUUCCCUCUGGGCAUAAAUUAAUGCAGGUCAGUUUAUGCAAAACCAUGCAAAAAAGCCGCCUCCUCUCCCCACUUUAAGAGGUCGUAGGCACUUGUGCAAUUUUAACUUUUAAUGGUA